AAAGGUUAUAUGAUCAACGAGGGCUGAUCUGAUCAUCGGAGUUAAAAAAAAAAAAAAAAAAAAAUUACUAUCGGACAGUUGGAGCAGCCCCCGGGAACGUACAUGGUGAUGGCAGAUUUGGGGAAAUUAAACGUCGAAGAACCUCCUCCGAUCUGGGGAUCUCGCAGCGUUGAUUGCUUUGAGAAGCUCGAACAAAUUGGUGAAGGCACUUACGGUCAAGUUUACAUGGCUAAAGAGAUCAAAACUGGUGAAAUUGUUGCUCUCAAAAAGAUCCGUAUGGACAAUGAAAGAGAAGGGUUUCCUAUUACAGCUAUCAGGGAGAUUAAAAUUCUGAAGAAGCUUCAUCAUGAAAAUGUCAUUCAGCUGAAAGAGAUUGUGACCUCACCAGGUCGGGACAGGGAUGACCAAGGAAAGCCAGAUAAUAACAAAUACAAGGGUGGCAUCUACAUGGUUUUUGAUUACAUGGAUCAUGAUUUGACUGGUCUCGCUGACCGUCCUGGACUGAGAUUUACUGUUCCUCAAAUCAAGUGUUACAUGAAGCAACUGCUCACCGGGCUUCACUACUGUCAUGUAAAUCAAGUGCUUCACCGUGAUAUAAAAGGUUCAAAUCUCCUUAUUGACAAUGAGGGAAAUUUAAAGCUGGCAGAUUUUGGGCUCGCACGGUCGUUUUCUCAUGAUCAUGCAGGAAAUCUUACAAAUCGUGUCAUCACACUGUGGUACAGGCCCCCUGAAUUACUACUCGGGGCAACAAAAUAUGGCCCAGCAAUUGACAUGUGGUCGGUUGGUUGCAUAUUUGCUGAACUUUUGCAUGCAAAACCAAUCUUGCCUGGGAAAAAUGAGCAUGAACAAUUGAACAAGAUCUUUGAACUUUGUGGAUCACCUGAUGAAAAUAUUUGGCCUGGGGUUUCCAAGAUGCCUUGGUACAACAAUUUCAAGCCGGCACGUCCCUUGAAGAGACGUGUAAGAGAGUUUUUCAGACACUUUGAUCGGCAUGCUCUUGAAUUACUGGAGAAAAUGUUGGUGCUUGACCCAUCACAGAGAAUAUCUGCGAAGGAUGCUCUUGAUGCUGAGUACUUUUGGACUGAUCCGCUGCCCUGUGACCCGAAGAGUCUGCCCACAUAUGAAUCCUCACAUGAGUUCCAGACAAAGAAAAAGCGGCAACAGCAGCGCCAAAAUGAGGAAGCAGCAAAAAGACAAAAGCUGCAACAUCCACAGCAGCAGCAUUCUCGUUUGCCUCCAUUACAACAUGGUGGCCAGUCUCAUGCUGCUCCACAUUGGCCUGCCGGUCCAAACCAUCCCAAUAACAACGCACUGCCACAAGUGCCAGCUGGACCCAGCCACCACUUCUAUGGGAAUGGGAAACCGCGUGGUCCACCUGCUCCAAACCGCUACCCUCCUAGCGGAAACCAAAGCGGGGGUUAUAAUCAAAACCGAGGUGGUUACAGCAGCGGAUCAUAUCCUCCACAAGGACGGGGAGCUCCGUAUGUGGCAGGUCCUAGAAGGCCAAGUGGUGGUGGCGCCUACGGGGUUGGACCACCUAACUACACACAAGGUGGUCAGUAUGGUGGCUCUGGAAGCUCUGGAAGAGGUCAGAACCCAAUGGGUGGUAAUAGAAACCAGCAAUACGGAUGGCAACAGUAAAAAGUUCUAAAGUUUUGUUGUCCAUGUCUUUGUCUUACAACACUUAAUGGAUAGACUAGAAUAAUAGAUUAAUAUGAGAAAUUGAAUAUCUUUUUAUUUUUCACAUU